CUGUAAAGUGUAACAGCCGUCUUAUGUUUAUUAUCGAUGUUUACAAUAAUAUCUCCCAUAUUUUGUACUUAUUUAAUUUGUCCUAUACGUAAAUAAUACCGGUGAUACAUGGAUUUGGAAAAUUCAAUAUCUGUACACCCAUUAACCAAUAAUCCAACAGCUGCUUGGAACGAGAUUUCCAAAACCCAGCGUGUGAUAAAAGUGUCUAUGAGUAAGACGGUCAAACAGAAAGAUCCUAAUAAAAUUCGUGUUGUUUGUAUGAGCGAUACCCAUUCGUUAACACCUUACUUAAAAUUUGAUAUACCGGACGGUGACAUCUUUAUUCAUGCUGGCGAUUUUACGAAAUGUGGUAAAUUAGACGAAGUAAUUGAUUUUGAUAAAUGGAUUGCUACUCUUCCUCAUAAGCAUAAGAUAGUAAUAGCGGGAAAUCACGAGCUAAGUUUUGAUACAACCUUUGCAGAAGGUUUUUCGAAUAAAUGUCCUGCUAAUCGCACUAAACACACUGGCCGCUUCAGCCUUGAUAGUAUGCCGAUGCUGGGUAAUCCCAGAGAAGACAUUGAAAGUGCUAUACAAACUGAAAAUAUUCGAGAUGUUUUAGUAAAUUGUACCUAUAUAGAAGACCAAUUAAUUGAUGUACUGGGUAUACGUAUAUAUGGUACUCCCUGGCAGCCAGAAUUUUGUAAUUGGGCGUUCAAUUUACCCCGUGGAGAAGCAUGUAUUAAUGCUUGGAACCGCAUACCAAAUAAUGUGGAUAUAUUGGUAACACAUACUCCACCCGUGGGCCACGGAGAUUUAUGCUGCUCUGGGGUACGUGCUGGUUGUGUAGAUUUGCUAACUACGGUACAGAAACGAGUUAAGCCCAAAUAUCAUGUAUUUGGUCAUAUCCAUGAGGGUUAUGGUAUUACAUCAGACGGAAAUAUUAUUUAUGUGAACGCGUCAACUUGUGAUAUUAAUUAUAAGCCUAAUAAUCCACCCAUUGUAUUUGAUAUAUCUUUAACACAUAACAAUUUUUAAUCCUAUCAGUGUAUAGGAUAGGAUAUGUAUGUACAUAUGUCUCUAGUCAUAUAUAUAUUAGUACGGUGUUGACCAUUAACGUUACUAUAGAACAUUUUGAUAGUCGCGCUGAAGCCAUAUGUAUGGAUAGAAUUCUAAUCAAUUAUAUCUGUAUCUAAUAAGCUAUAAUAUUAGUUGUAAUUAUUAAACUUUUGGUUUUAAUUAAAGAUAAUAUUUAAAUAAAUAAUUGUCUGAUAAAUUCUAUUUCACUAGUAAAAACAUGUGUUAGCACACAACUUAUAGUUUGAAGUCUUGCAAUUUAAGUUCAAAAAUUCGACUAUUGUGAUUAUGUAUUUUUUGU